AUGGCCUCCCAGUCGCAGUCUUUCGAUGACGGCGAUACCAUUAGUGGGAACAACAGCAACAACAAUAUCCCAGUAUCAGGCUAUGAAGAAAAGCAGCGGCUCCCAGAUCUCGAGAACAAUCAACCUUGUCAUCACCAUGAGCCAGAACUGCCAACUGAAGACGACAAAUGUUCCAUCCAGGGACGACGCGACGAGGGAGAAAAUGGCGGCAACGGCGACUUAACGGCAUCGACUUCACGAACCGCAACAGAGAGGCAUCUCUCCCUCCAGCUCACUCCCAGCAGCAUCCCGCCUCCCCAGUCUCUGGCCUUUGAGAUCCCUUUCAUAUUUACUCUAUGCAUGGCUCAGCUCUUGGCUCAAGCCGGAUUGGGCCAGUGCAUUGCUCCGUUGCACAUCAUCGGAAACAGCUUUGGCACUCAGGAUGCUGGCCAGCUCAGCUGGAUGCCCGCUGCUUACAGUCUCACAGUUGGAACUUUCAUCCUCAUCGCGGGUCGCCUGGGCGAUCUCUUCGGCCACAAGAUCAUCUUCAUCAUUGGCUUUUGCUGGUAUGCCCUCUGGAGUCUUCUGGCCGGCGUGAGCGUCUGGUCCCGAUCCAUCAUCUUCUUCGAUGUCUGCAGAGCCUUCCAGGGCAUGGGGCCUGCCUUUGCCGUGCCUUCGGCCGUGGCCAUCAUCGGCCGCACGUAUCCCCCCGGCAGGAGAAAGUCCAUGAUCUUCAGCUUGUUUGGCGCUACGGCCCCGGGAGGCUUCGUCGUUGGUGCCGUCUUCUCUUCAAUCUUUGCAGAGCUAGUUUGGUGGCCCUGGGCGUAUUUUGUCAUGGCCAUGGUAUGUGCUUUGGUCGCGGUUGCUGGCACUGCCGUUAUCCCUGCAACCCCCGGCGCCGCAAACGUGCGAUCUGAAGUGCCGCUGUGGAAUAUUAUCGACGUCCCGGGAGCUGCUGCGGGCGUUACUGGUCUAAUCCUUAUCAACUUUGCCUGGAACCAAGGCCCUGUCGUUGGCUGGCCGACUGUAUACGUCUAUGUGCUCCUGAUUGUCGGAUUCCUCUUCUUGGGCCUGUUUGGUUGGAUCGAGGUGCACUCGGAUUUUCCUCUGCUGCCAACAAAACUGUUCAGCGGCUCCUUGGGCUUCGUCUUGGCUUGUAUCCUAGAGCAGAUCAGAGGUCAUAGUCCUCUCGAGGCCAGUGCGCAGUUCAGUGCGGCAGCCGUCUCUGGAGCAUGCGCAGCUUUCACCACGGGUCUCAUCCUGGGCAAGGUGAGGCCCAGCAUGGUGAUGAUGAUGGCGAUGACGGCAUUCACCGUCGGAGGAAUCCUGGUAGCAACGAUGCCUCCCCAUCAGAUUUACUGGGCUCAGACAUUUGUUGCGAUUGUUGUCAUGCCGUGGGGAAUGGACAUGUCAUUUCCCGCCGCCACGAUUAUCCUCAGCGAGGCUUUGCCGAAAGAACACCAGGGCCUUGCUGCCUCUCUCGUCAACACCGUCAUCAACUACUCCAUCUCCAUCGGCCUCGGUAUCGCAGGCACGGUGCAAUCUCAGAUCAGCCCCGGGACCACAGAACAAGAAAUAUUAAAGGGCUGCAGAAGCGCAUUCUACGUGGGCAUUGGCCUUAGUGGGCUCGGUAUUUUGGUAGCCACGUUGUUUGUCCUUGACGAAAACAGGAGACAUGUCAAAGAGCGUCGCAGGGGAGGAGAGUGA